AUGCAGGCUGUGAAGGAGAAGCUACAAGAUAUGAACGCCAUGCGCAAGGUCAAGGCUGAAGCCAAGGCCGAAGAGCAGGCGGAAAAAGACUUGGCAAAAACCAGGAUGGAUGUAGCUCAUGAGGUUAGACUGGCAAAAGAGGCUGAAGCCACGAUGGAGCUGCAUGUGGCCAGGGCUGGGCAGAAGAUAGAAAGGGAAGCAGCCAAGCAUGAGCCUAUGCACCCAAAUGCAACUCCCAAUAUCGUCGAUCCAGCCGACCAUUGUGUUUUGGCAGCAGAAAAUAACACAUCCCUCAAUUGAUAAAGAACAAGUUGCGUAACCAUUCAUUAAAAUUCAAAUAU